AUGCAGAAGGAUGGUGGAGACGAUGCCAGCACUAGUGGAAGGUGGACGAAUGAUUUCAAUUUUGAGAGACGAGACUGGAUGACUGUUCAACCAGAUGAAUUGCCCACAGGAUGCAGACUGGUCAUGGGGUUGAAUCCUCCCUUUGGGGUUAAAGCCUCUCUUGCGAACCAGUUCAUCAACAAAGCCCUCACUUUCAAGCCAAAACUUAUAAUACUCAUUGUUCCCAAAGAAACUGAAAGAUUGGACAAGAAAUACCCACCAUAUGAGCUAAUAUGGCAGGACUCAGAUCAGCUCUCCGGAAAGUCAUUCUAUCUACCUGGAUCUCUGGGUGUUGACAACAAGAGCAUGUGGAGAAAUGAUGCAGAGGUCGCAGGCAUACCUCCCUGUUAUCUGGAUCAGCUGAUGUCUGACACGUUCCAUGACCCAACAACUUCUCCAGGGGACUGCUGGAAUGAUAUCAAUGGGCGAUCGCGGCAACCUUGCAACUAUGAAACCACAGGACCAGGAAGGAGCGAUCCAACCUAUGAUCAUACAGAAACGUGCUCUGAUAUGAGCAUUUCAUUGUCAGAGAGUGAUUUUCAGAGAAAAGAUCAAGCUUUGUCAAUGCCAGAGCAUGGAGGCAUCAACUCUGAAGCCUCGGAUGCUGUUGGAAGUGCAUCGGCAGAGAAACCAACUGUUGAUGCCGAUCACGAUGAGGUAACAUCGGCUCCUGGUCCGUAUCAUUUGCCGGGGAAUGCAUCAGAGGCAGGCAGACAGGCAGCUGGAGUUCACUAUUGGAUGAUGGAAGACUCACCACUCCUGGAGGACGGAGAGCUGAGCGAUGCACCACCGGCGGGCAGGCCUGCAGCUGGCAUCCAUCAUCAACCGACGGAACACAGGCCAGCAGCAGCAACACCCGGAGCUGCCUCCUGGUGUGGGCAGCCAGACCACUCGCCGCCUGUGGCCGGCAUAAUGCCAGAACUCUGCCACCAAGAAACACCUUCCCUGGACUGCGCUUGCGGCAAGGAUGCAACACCUCUCGUCGGUUCCUGUCCCAAGGCAUGGGCCAUCAGGCCGUCCAUCAAGGGCCAUCAAAUGCUUGGAUCGAGGAUGAAGACUAUUAAGCCUAGAUUACCAAGGAAAAAAGAAUCCCUCUUCUGCUUGUGA